CAUAGAGUAGUAAAAGUGCGUAGAAGGUUCCGAUGUGUAUUUAUGGUAGCGGAGUUGUAGAGCCUCCUUCCUCCGAAGCUUCUCUCUCUUUCUCUGCAACUAGUCAUCGUUGCUGGCCGCCGCCUGCAAAUGAAACUGAGCUCACCUCCAUUUUAUCUCCCAUCACACGAAAACCUCACCUCGGAACACACACUAACAACUGCAGAACUCACUGAUACCUCUACUUCCCCAAUUUUAGAUGCUUCGCUUAAUUUAUUUUCUACUAUCAAUUUCCCAAUUACUAAUAAUUCCAUCGGCGUCCUUCGCCGGCCACCGUGGCCCCCGCCGGAACCUACUCCAGAACGGCUCCGAUUCCUCCCGAUGCCCGCUCAACUUCGAACCCCUGCGGGGGCUGGCGCCGAACUCCCAGCGCCCUAAUCUGGACACCCACUCCGAGUGCCAGUACAUCCUGCAAGGCCUCCGCCUCGUCCUCGCCGACCACCUCCGCCUCACCAACUCGUUCCUGCCCCCGCUCGACUCCGCCGAGUCGUGCUGGGAAAUCUACGAGUCGCUCGUCAGGGAGUACGUCCCCGGCUUCGACAUCCGCCGCAGCUGCGGCUUCGAGACGCCGUGGAUCGCCCGCGGGUGCAUGAACAUCACCACGCGGUCGGAGUUCGAGGCCCAAGUGCCGCGAUCCGCCCUCGACGGCGUCGACACCGCCUGCAACCAGUCGCUCCUCAACAACUCCCCCUGCGCUUCGUGCACCACCUCGCUCGCCGGAAUCCGGGCGUCGUAUCUGCAGGGACCGUCGGUCGGGAACGUCUCCGAUUGCACGGCGUACCCCUUCAUCUACGCCGCCGCGUUCGCCAAUCAAUUCGGCCCCGCCGAUGUAGGUACGACCAAGUGUCUGUUCAAUCUCGAUUUCACCUCGUCCCAUUCCAAUAGCAAGAGGAAGAAGAUUGUCAUUUCUGUCGUCGUUGUCGCGUGCGUUGUGAUUUUGGUUCUAGGGUUUGCUGUGUUCUGGUUCUUACGGCGUAGAAAGGAAAGAUUAUUGAAGCAGAAAUGGAAAAGCAUGCGAACUGAUACUAAUAUGAGCUCUGGAUUAGAUUCAAUUAGUGCUAGCACAACAUUGAUUAGGUUCACGUUCGACGAAAUUAAGGCGGCCACAAGAAAUUUCGCUAGGGAUCAUAUAAUUGGGAGAGGAGGGUAUGGAAAUGUGUAUAAGGGCGUGUUGCCUGAUGAUUCAGAAGUUGCAUUGAAGAGGUUCAAGAACUGUUCUGCAGCAGGGGAUGCUAGUUUCACUCAUGAAGUCGAGGUAAUCGCUAGUGUCAGACAUGUAAAUUUGGUUGCAUUGAGAGGAUAUUGCACGGCCACGACGCCUCUGGAGGGUCAUCAGAGGAUAAUUGUGUGUGAUCUGAUGAAGAAUGGGAGUGUUCAUGAUCAUUUGUUUGGGUUGGUGGAGAGGAAACUGAGUUGGCCUAUACGCCAGAGGAUUGCCCUUGGGACGGCCAGGGGGCUCGCCUAUCUGCAUUAUGGUGCACAGCCCUCGAUUAUUCAUAGGGAUAUUAAGGCGAGUAACAUUCUGUUGGACGACAAGUUUGAGCCAAAGGUGGCGGAUUUUGGAUUGGCCAAGUUCACACCAGAGGGGAUGACACACUUGAGCACUAGAGUGGCAGGGACAAUGGGAUAUGUGGCGCCUGAGUAUGCGUUGUAUGGACAGUUGACGGAGAGGAGUGAUGUUUAUAGCUUCGGGGUGGUGCUUCUUGAGAUUUUGAGUGGGAAGAAAGCACUGAUUGCGGUGAAUGAUGGACAGCCAACUCUAGUGACUGACUGGGCUUGGUCGUUGGUUAGGAAAGGGAGAGCUUUGGAUGUAGUGGAAGAGGAUAUGCCGGAGUUGGGCCCUCCGGAGGUUGUGGAGAAGUAUGUGUGGGUGGCUGUUCUGUGUUCGCACCCACAACUAUAUGUUAGGCCUACAAUGGAUCAGGUGGUGAAGAUGUUGGAUACAGAUAUGCCUAUCCCUUCAGUACCUGAAAGGCCCAUUUCUCUCAUUGCGAAUCUUGAUGACAUUGAGAGGUCUGUGAGUAGCAGUGGUUCUGCUAAUUUAUCGACGCCUGCUGGUUAUCAGACUUACACUUUUGAGCACGACCAUGUAGAGGUGGAGAAGGAAGAUGAGAACCAAAAUGGUAGGUAGCUUCCUUCAACUUGUGAGAGCAGGCACAUUUUUGGUAUGAUUCUUUAGAACUUGAGAUGUCACAAUUAUUCUUCUUCAAAGAGAUCUGUUGCAGUCGCUUUGCAUUCUGGGCUCCGGUGUUUGAAGAAAACGGCGCGUGAGCUAGUUACAGCUUUGAUUGAGAAUGCAGACGGAUUUCUGCCCUGCCAUCUCCAACAUGAUUCUGAGAGUUGAAGAGAUUGAUUUGGUUAUUAAUGGGGUUUUAGGUGGUGUGUAUUUAUGUAUGAAAAUAGGAAAAGGGUGAAGCAAGAAAGCUUAUGAUGGUGAGCGAGGUAGCUUCUCUUGUUUGAUGUUCCAUCCAUCAUAUUUUCUUUGCUUUCCUUUCUCCAGGAUUCAAUUACACUGUAUAGUUAUUUUCCAAUUUUUUUUUGUACAAAGAUGUAUUUUUAUUUGUUUAUUGUGGGUUGAUGCCCCUCUGCAUUUGUAGUUUUUUUGUACAAGUAAGUUUUGGCCCGGUUCGGUUCCUCACUUCUGGCCGAUGUGCUUGGGCCAGACCGGCCAUCAGUUUGACAGUCACGCUCAAGACCCUUUUUUCUUCUUUUCAGAAUUGAAAGAAAUGGAUAAUUAUUCAGUUUGAUUCAA